ACAAACAGAAAAAUCAAAAUACAAUAUAGUUGACAAACAUGUCUGUAAUGGCACAAAACAACACUCCCUUAGUGUUCAACGUAACAAGGGGAGAGCCGGAGCUUGUGUGCCCUGCUAAGCCCACGCCUCGAGAGCAUAAGCCACUCUCUGACCUCGACGACCAAGAGGCCAACCGAUUCCUGAUGCCGGCCAUUAUGUUUUACAAGGCUGAUCCUUCCAUGCAGGGAAAGGACCCUGUUAAGGUGGUUAAGGAUGCUCUAGCUAAGACUCUUGUGUUUUUCUACCCCUUUGCUGGCAGGUUAAUACAAGGUGACAAAAGGAAGCUUAUUGUUGACUGCACAGCCGAAGGUGUGCCUUUUAUCGAGGCCGAGGCUGAAGCAACACUCGAGGACUUUGGGGAUGAAAUUCAUGCUCCUUUCCCUUUGGACAAGUUGCUUUAUGACAUUCCUGCUACUGAUACACUGUCUGGUCGCACCCUCUUGCUUGUAGUUCAGGUAACCCGUCUAAGAUGUGGUGGAUUCAUUGUGGCCCUUAAAUGCAACCAUUCCAUAAGUGAUGGCACCGGCGUUACACAACUAAUGAACGCCAUAGGCGAGAUGGCGCGAGGUUGUUCUGCCCCCUCCAUCCUUCCGGUUUGGGGCCGUGAACGUUUGACCGCAAGAGAACCUCCAAAAGUCAGCUUUCCCCACCCCGAGUAUGACCAACAAGCGGUGGUUGACCUCAACACCAUUAGUAAAGCCGACUUGGUUCAAAAAUCCUUCCUCUUUGGCUCCACCGAGCUUGAUGCCCUACGUCGCAAUGUUCCUUCACACGUCAAACAAUUCUCUACCUUUGAUGUCCUUAGCGCUUCCUUAUGGCGUUGUCGCACUAUAGCACUUGGCCUUGACCUUGAACAGGAGGUUCGUCUUCUGUUUUCUCUUAAUGCGAGGAAUAGGUUUAACCCGCCCCUAGAGAAGGGGUAUUAUGGAAAUGCAUGUGCAUUCCCUACUGCCCGUGCUAAGGCAGGGGAUAUAUGCCAGAACGACGUGGGAUAUAUUUUGGAAUUGAUAAGGAACGUUAAAAAUGAAGUUAAUGAUGAAUAUAUGAGGUCUAUUAUGGACCUUAUGGUAAUCAAAGAUAGGCCACAUUUCACCAUUCAUCAGACUUAUGUGGUGUCGGACCUAAGGCAUUUAGGGUUCAUCAACGUUGAUUUCGGAUGGGGAAAGCCCGUUUACGGAGGACCGGGAAGUAAUGGCUCGAUACCAGAUGAGUGCUUCUUUAUUUCCUUUAACAACAAGAAAGGAGAGACUAUGAUAAUGGUACCUAUUACCUUACCUACCCAAAAAAUGGAUGUUUUUAUUAAGGAAUUGCAGGAAAUGCUUCAACCACAACUUUGAAUAGUAAUUUUCUUGUUGCUUAUACUUUAGGUUUUGUGGUCAAACGUUGAAAAAAAUAUCUCACUAUUAUAAGUACCAAAAACUUAAUAUGUAUCAUCUUAUUACUUUUAUCUCGAUAUAUAUUUUUAAAGUAACGUUCUGUAAUCUUUUUUAUAUAUGUGCAAUUAUUUAGUGAAAUGCUAAAUGUCCAACAAUAAAAUUGUUCUUUUUGUAUGA